AUGCUGUUGCGGCUCCGAGGGCCGGAUGGCAUGAAGAGGGUCACUAUCGACCAGAAUGACACCUUUGGCCACCUGGGCCAGAUGCUGGUCAAGGAGCUGCCCUCGACCGUCAUCCCCGAGAGCAUCACCAUGUCGAACCAGCCGGCCGGCGGCGAGAAGAAGCCGCUGGCCGACAUAGCCCAGUUCAAGCUCAAGCAGAUCGGACUCAAGCACGGCGACCUGAUCUUCAUCAGCUACGAGCACCGCGCCGCCGCCGACACCGCCAACGGCCACGCAAACGGCGCCAUCCCCGCCUCCUCCAACCGACUGAACGGCAAGCCCAUCCUCCCGACCGACGAUGUCCCCCUCGACUCGCCCUCGUUGGGCAACUUGGGCAACUUGGGCAAGGAGCCCACCCUCAUCCGGAAGCCCUGGGAGGUUGUGCGCCAGUCGCCCCUCGAUGACCGCUUAGACAGGCAGGACGGCAAGAUCCCCCGCGGCCGCGACAAGAUGUGCAAGCACGGCGCCAAGGGCAUGUGCGACUUCUGCAUGCCCCUCGACCCCUUCAAUGCGCAGUACCUGUCCGACAAGAAGAUCAAGUACCUGUCCUUCCACUCGUACCUGCGCAAGAUCAACUCGGCAACCAACAAGCCCGAGCUGGGGAGCUCCUUCAUCCCGCCCCUCAAGGAGCCCUACUUCCGUGUCAAGAAGGACUGCCCGUCCGGACAUCCCGCCUGGCCCGAUGGCAUCUGCACAAAGUGCCAGCCGAGCUCCAUCAUACUGCAGCCUCAGACGUGGCGUGCCGUGGACCACGUCGAGUUCGCCACCUUUGACAUGGUCAACUCGUUCAUCGAUGCCUGGCGGCGGACCGGCUGCCAGAGAGUCGGUCUCCUCUACGGACAUUACGAAGAGUACACCGAGGUGCCCCUGGGAGUUAAGGCGGUUGUCGAGGCCAUCUACGAGCCACCUCAAGUCGACGAAACCGACGGUGUCUCGCUGAACCCCUUCGAGAACGAGACAGAGAUCACCCAGGUUGCGAAGCUCUGCGGACUAGAACCAGUCGGAACCAUAUUCAGUGACCUGUUGGAUUCUGGUGUUGGUGAUGGAUCUGUCGUCUGCAAGAGACAUGCCGACUCGUACUUCCUCACCUCGCUGGAGGUUUGCUACGCCGCAAGGCUGCAAGCUCAGCAUCCCAAGCCCACCAAGUGGAGUGACACAGGCAUCUUCGGGUCUAAUUACGUGACAUGCAUCAUAUCCGGCGACGAGACCGGCCAAAUCGCAAUAUCAGCAUACCAGGCCUCGAAUGAGGCUGUUGAGAUGGUGCGCUCCAACAUCAUCGAGCCCUCGAUAGACCCGACCGUCAUGCUUGUUCAGGAGGAGGAAGAGGACGAUGGCUCCAAGAGCCGGACGCGGUUCAUACCAGAAGUAUUCUAUCGCAAAAUCAACGAGUACGGUGCCAAUGUGCAAGAGAACGCCAAGCCCGCGUUCCCCGUUGAGUACCUCUUUGUCACACUAACACAUGGUUUCCCUUCGGAACCAAAACCCGUUUUCAACACGCCCAGCUUCCCCAUCGAAAACCGCGAGGCUCUGGGGGAGAGCCAGCAGCCCAGCGCCGUGGCCAAGGCCCUCCAGACCAAAGACGGCCAGCAGAAACUCUCGGAUUUCCACCUGCUCACCUUCAUCCACAACAUGGGCGAAGAGGAAGCCCUGCUCUGCCGUGUGGCCACAAAGCACGACCUCGCAGACACGUACCAGCUCUUCUCGAUGCCCGGCUGGCAGACUCUGGAGGCCAUCAUCCAGUCGACCGGUGAGAUACUUCCCAGCAACAGAUUGAAGCGUCCUCGUCGGCCCAGUGGAGACGGGGAACAAGACGCCUCUUCUUCUCAUCCCCUAGCCAAUGAUCCUUCUGCCACUACUUCUACCACCACUGCCAGUGGCAAGACUACUACUGCUGCUGCUGCUGCUGCUGCUGCUGCUGCUGCUACAAACGGUGAACCAGACGCUAAGCGUUUUGCUGCCCUUAGGCUGAGCGGUGAGCGCCGACGAAAUGGCAAGAGCCUCCCCCGGGCCGUGCCCGUCCGCCAACCACCCGAGUAG